UGCCAGGUAACCCGUCUCCGUUUCCUCUGCUGGCUCCGGACGUUUCUGCAGCAAUGAAUCCGCUGUCUGGGCCAGGACCGUCCAAAUGACUCUUCUAUCCUGGAUUGAGAGUACCCUCCUAGUGACCUCAAGAUGAGGGAAUGGUGGGUUCAUGUGGGCCUGAUAUGCGUACCUCUGCUAGCGGUCUAUCUCCACAUCCCCCCUCCUCAAUUGUCUCCUGUCCUGCAGAAGUGGCACAGUGCUGGAGAGGUCUUCCGUUUCAGAGGCUACAACAUUUUCUACAGAGACUCCUUUGGUGCUUUGGGAAAUUCUGACGUGAUAAUUUUACUUCAUGGCUUCCCUACUUCCAGUUACGACUGGAACAAGAUCUGGGAGCCACUUUCCCAGCGCUUCCACAGAGUCAUAGCACUGGAUUUCUUGGGGUUUGGCUUCAGCGACAAACCUCGCCCCCACAGGUACUCCAUCUUUGAGCAGGCCAGUGUGGUGGAAGCCUUGGUAGCCCACUUGGGACUGGUUGACCAGAGGGUCAACCUGCUGUCCCACGACUACGGAGACACUGUGGCCCUAGAACUGCUCUACAGGAGUGACCAGAACCGAACAGGUCACCUGACCAUCAACAGUCUCUGUCUGUCCAAUGGAGGAUUAUUCCCUGAAACGCACUAUCCAAGACUACUGCAGACACUUCUCAAGGACUAUAGUUUUCUGUCGCCCGUUCUGACACGUCUCACCAACUAUAUGCUCUUUUCAAAAGGGAUUUCCGAGGUGUUUGGUCCUUACACUCAGCCAACUGAUGCUGAGUUCUGGGACAUGUGGACGGGCCUGCGCUACAACGAUGGGAACUUGGUCUUGGACAGUAUUCUGCAGUACAUCAAUCAGAGAUUGAAACACAAAGAGAGAUGGGUGGGUGCGCUCACCUCCACCUUCAUUCCAUCUUCCUUCCCUGGAUCCCCUCCUCCCUGCUUCCUCUCCUCCCUCUGUUUUUUCAGUACACAUGAUCUAUGGACCCUUGGACCCAGUCAACCCUCAUCCCCAGUUCAUUCGUCUUUACCAGCAACUGGUCCAGAGGUCAACGGUCACUGUUUUGGAUGAACACAUCAGCCAUUAUCCUCAGCUGGAAGAUCCCACUGGCUUCCUCAAUUCAUAUUUCAACUUUAUAAACUCUUUCUGAGGAGAUGGAGCCCCCAUUGCUGUACUGAGGCGCUAAACUGGACUUUGGGCCCAUACAAGCCUUCCCAAGUUAUAUCGUUAUACAGAAGCUUUAUCGACAGGUGAAAUCUUAAGACCUGCAUUAAUUUAAAUCUAAAAAUGAUGUAAAAAUACCAAAGUUAAAAUGUGAAAGUGUGAGGCGAGGGCUCACACCUCAGUAACGUCAGUUUGAGAUAACUAAUGGGAUUAUGUGCCAGCAGCAAGUCCUUUUGAUCUGAUCAGUAAAAUGAAAUAUACUUCAACAGUAUGAAUGUGAAGAAAACAAUUUGUUCUAUGUUAUGGUGAUGGCAAUACAGUUUAACUAUUUUCGAUGGUAAGUGUAUCAGAGUAAUAUAGGUAACCUCACUGGAAGCAUGAUAAGUAAUAAACAUAUCAAACUUGGGUAGAGUAUUUUGAUUUUCUUUGAUUUGUGGUAUGAUGUCAAUUCAACUCAAUAGAAAAUCUCCAAUUGCACUGCGUUCUGUAAAUUGUGACAUGAUUUUGUACAUCUCAGUAACAAUAAAAAAAAAAUUCUGCAAAUAAAACUAAUUUUAUAAGAAAAACGAAUUGUGUGCCAUGAUGAAGACUGGAAACCAAAACAUUGUGUAUUUGCACAAUCUGAAUUUGUUGGACAUGUCUGAUCAAAGCCAUUAUUUUUGUAGUUUCACAAGCCAGACCAUUCUCAUAUGGCUAACAGUCGCCCGUCUGAAAAUGAAAUUUUGAAUGGAUGUCCACGGCUUGGGCCUCUCCAGCAUCACUUAACAGUCCAAAAAUAUGCAGAAGAGGGAAAGGUGUCAUCUGUGUUACCAUAAAAGUAUACAUGUUCAAUUUGUAUGGUUUGUAUCAAUGUUUUUCACAAGCGACACUAUGGAAUAAA